AGGCGCGGAGCUGUGAGUUUCAACGAUACCAGGCGUGCAAAACGGCGGGCGAAGCCCACCGAAAAGGUCACCAUUUUGACCUUGAGGGCCUCCGCGACCAGUCCACUGUCCACCCCUUCCCCACCACCAGCCACUCCGGUUCCGCGGGCACAAGGCAACAAGCAAAUCCCCAUCCAAGCCCCAGAUCAAAUGCUGUCUUCGACUGCCACCGCCUCCCCCGCUUCGUCCCAUCCUUAUCGCUCCGCCUCUGCGCGCGCCAGCCGGCCCCGCCUCCGCCCCGUCGUCGCCAUGGCGGCCUCCGACGACCCCCGAGCCGCGCCCUCCAGGUCGGUCGCCGUCGUCGGCGCCGGUGUCAGCGGGCUCGCGGCGGCGUACAGGCUGAGGAAGAGCGGCGUGAGCGUGACGGUGUUCGAGGCGGCCGACAAGGCGGGAGGGAAGAUACGGAGCAACUCCGAGGCCGGGUUCCUCUGGGACGAAGGGGCCAACACCAUGACAGAAAGUGAUUUGGAGGCUAGCAGGCUAAUUGAUGCUCUUGGUCUCCAAGACAGACAGCAGUAUCCUAACUCUCAACACAAACGUUACAUUGUCAAAGAUGGAGUACCAGCACUGAUUCCUUCGGAUCCCAUUUCGCUGAUGAAAAGCAGUGUUCUUUCUACGAAAUCGAAGCUCGCAUUAUUUUUGGAACCAUUUCUCUACAAAAAAGCUAGCACAAGAAACUCUGGAAAAGUGUCUGAUGAGCAUUUAAGUGAGAGUGUUGGGAGCUUCUUUGAACGCCACUUUGGAAGAGAGGUUGUUGACUAUCUUAUUGAUCCAUUUGUAGCUGGAACUAGUGGAGGAGAUCCCGAGUCAUUAUCUAUUCGUCAUGCAUUUCCAGCGUUGUGGAAUUUAGAAAGAAAGUAUGGCUCUGUCAUUGUUGGUGCCAUCUUGUCUAAACUAACAGCUAAAAGUGAACCUGCAAAAACAGCAAGUAAUUCAUCAGGGAAAAGAAGGAACAGACGUGUGUCAUUUUCAUUUCAUGGAGGAAUGCAGUCACUAGUAAAUGCACUUCACAAUGAAGUUGGAGAUGGUAAUGUGAAGCUUGGUACAGAAGUGUUGUCAUUGGCAUGUAGCUUUGAUGGGGUCCCUGCAUCCGGUGGGUGGUCAAUUUCUGUUGAUUCAAAAAAUGCUAGUAGCAAGGAGCUCGCAAAGAACCAAAUCUUCGAUGCCGUUAUAAUGACAGCUCCAUUGUCUAAUGUCCAGCAGAUGAAGUUCACAAAAGGUGGAGCUCCCUUUGUGAUAGACUUUCUUCCUAAGGUGGAUUAUUUGCCAUUAUCUCUCAUGGUUACAGCUUUUAAGAAGGAAGAUGUCAAGAAACCUUUGGAAGGAUUUGGGGUCUUAAUACCCUACAAGGAACAGCAAAAACAUGGUCUGAAAACCCUUGGGACUCUCUUCUCCUCAAUGAUGUUCCCAGAUCGAGCUCCCGAUGACCAAUAUUUGUAUACGACAUUCGUUGGGGGUAGCCACAAUGGAGAUCUCGCUGGAGCUCCAACGUCUAUUUUGAAACAACUUGUGACAUCUGACCUUAGAAAGCUCUUGGGUGUAGAGGGGCAACCAACUUUUGUGAAGCAUAUAUACUGGAGAAAUGCUUUUCCUUUGUAUGGCCAUGAUUACAAUUCAGUAUUGGAAGCUAUAGAGAAGAUGGAGAAAAAUCUUCCAGGGUUCUUCUACGCAGGAAAUAACAAGGAUGGGCUGGCUGUUGGGAAUGUUAUAGCUUCAGGAAGUAAGGCUGCUGACCUUGUAAUCUCGUAUCUUGAGUCUCACACCAAACAUGACAAUUCACACUGAAGGUAUCUGACCUGUCCUGAAGAAAUGGCAGACAAAUUUUCUCGGUUUAUGUAGAUAGAGACGGUCACAUUGUUUCAGAUCUCAGGUUCUCUUCAUGUACUAAGCCGUUGCUAAACAUUGACGAGAAGUAUAGCCACUUGUGUAAAGACGGUAAGGAGGGCGAAAAUAAUUCUGGUGGCUGUUUCACAAUUCUCUGUACUUACUGUUUGUCCAUUAAUAUUACUGUACUUUUACAGCGCUUAGCAGUUCCAUAUAUACACAAUUCUCUGUA